AUGAGCGGAUUCCAGAAGAUCAAGGUGGAGAACCCCGUCGUGGAGAUGGACGGUGAUGAGAUGACCAGGAUCAUCUGGCAGAUGAUCAAGGACAAGCUUAUCCUGCCCUACCUGGACCUCAACAUCCAGUACUUCGAUCUCGGCCUGCCCUACCGUGAUGAGACCAACGAUCAGAUGAUCAAGGACAAGCUUAUCCUGCCCUACCUGGACCUCAACAUCCAGUACUUCGAUCUCGGCCUGCCCUACCGUGAUGAGACCAACGAUCAGGUCACCGUUGAUGCUGCUGAGGCCAUCAAGAAGUGCAACGUCGGCAUCAAGUGCGCUACCAUCACCCCCGACGAGAAGCGCGUCGAGGAGUUCAAGCUCAAGGAGAUGUGGAAGUCCCCCAACGGCACCAUCCGUAACAUCCUGGGCGGUACCAUCUUCCGUGAGCCCAUCCUCGUCAAGAACAUCCCACGCCUCGUCGGCGGCUGGACCGAGCCCAUCGUGGUCGGCCGUCACGCCUUUGGUGACCAGUACCGCGCCACCGACUUUGUGGUCAAGAAGGCCGGCAAGUUCCAGAUCGUCUUCACCCCCGACGAUGGCAGCGACAAGGAGGUCUUCGACGUCUACGCCUUCCCCGAGGGUGGCGUCGCCAUGGGCAUGUACAACAUCGACUCGUCGAUCGUCGGCUUCGCCCGCAGCUGCAUGGCCUACGCCCUGCAGAAGAAGUACCCGCUGUACCUCUCCACCAAGAACACCAUCCUCAAGAGAUACGAUGGUCGCUUCAAGGACAUCUUCCAGGAGGUCUACGAGAAGGAGUUCGAGGCCACCUACAAGGCUGCCGGCAUCUGGUACGAGCACCGCCUCAUCGACGACAUGGUCGCCUUCGCCAUGAAGGACAAGGGUGGGUUCGUCUGGGCCUGCAAGAACUACGAUGGUGACGUGCAGUCCGAUUCCAUCGCUCAGGGCUUCGGCUCGCUCGGUCUGAUGACCUCCGUCCUGAUGACCCCCGACGGUAAGACCAUCGAGGCUGAGGCCGCUCACGGCACCGUGACCCGUCACUACCGCGUGUGCAUUGAGACCAUGGAGGCUGGCUUCAUGACCAAGGAUCUGGCCCUCUGCGUUAAGGGCAGCAUCGACAAGGUUACGAGGUCCGACUACCAGAACACCGAGGAGUUCCUGCAGAAGCUGGCUGACAACCUCGACGCCAAAGUCAAGACCCUCUUUGCCUAA